AUUGAAGAUUCGAGUUAUUAAUAAUUCUCAGUGGGACCUACUGUUCCCUCCAUCAGGCAACCCGGCUGUUUCCAAAACCUUUGAUGUUACAUUACUUACAGUUCUAUUCAGGAACAUUUGUGGCUUACCGGAAACAGGAUGGGAUGCAAUACCAGUGGAAGCAGAUAGAUCAGUGCAAGCAAAUAUCGUAAGAAUCAAGUCGUAUAGAAAUGAAGUUUAUGCACAUGUGACGUCAACUCAAGUGGAUAAUGCAACGUUUGAAUCUUUAUGGCAGAAAAUUUCCAAAGCUUUGGUUGAAUUGAACAUUCCUCAGAAUGAGGUUGACGAAUUGAAAAUAUGUCCUUUAGGACCUGAAGAAGUAUAUGUGGGGACACUUAGAGAUUGGAAAUUACAAGAAGAAAACCUAAAAGAUGAUGUUAGGUCUAUCAAACGUUCUGUAAAUCGUUUGACACAGAUUACAGAAGAUGCAUUAAAGCAAAUCUGUCAGUCACGUCUGGAGCAAGUUCCUAAAAAUGGCAAUCGAAACAAAGAGAAUGACGAAGAUCUCUUGGGAAAACUCGCAAAGCAUAAUUUCAAGAGUAAAAUUAGAGGUAAAGUCAAGUUUUUCCUGCCUGGCACAAGACAGUGGUUAUUAAAGAAUGUGGACGAGUGGUUUAUUGGGGACAAACACGAAUCGAAAAUAUUUUUAUUGACUGCUGGGCCAGGGUUUGGCAAAAGUGUGUUUGCAGCUAAAGUCUGUGAAGAUUUUAAAAAGAAGGGAAAGCUGGCAGCAUGCCACUUUUGUGACUUCAGUGAUUCAAACCUACGAAAUCCUAUGAUGAUGCUUCAGUCUCUCGCGAGUCAAAUGUGUGAAAAUGUCGUAGGUUUUAAAGAAAAGCUUCUUGAUCAGUUGCAACGACGUCAUCAAGUCCGAAGCCUAAAGGAUGCCUUUGGAAUAUACUUGCAAAACCCACUUGAUGAAUUGGAAGCAGAAGAAUCCAGUUUAAUCGUAAUCGAUGGCUUAGAUGAAAGUACAGCGGAUGAUAAGAAUGAAAUUGUGAAUUUAAUUGCUGAUUAUUUUCCAGAUCUUCCCGACUUUAUAAAGAUCCUUGUCACCAGCAGGCCGGAGAUUUCAGUAGCAAAACUAAAAGGUCUUAAGAAAAUCAAUAUUAAAAGCAAUGACGCCGACAAUAACUCAGAUCUUGAAAUUUACCUUAGAGCUUGUCUUCCGAGUUUGCCUGACAGGAAUGCAGAAAAUGGUCCAGACUUGCUUAAAACGCUUGUUGAGAUAUGCGAGGGUCCAUUUUUGUAUGCCUUUUACGCUCAAUAUGAGCUACAAAAACGCGAUGAUCUUGAUAAGAUGACGUUUCAAGAUGUUACUGAUUUUCUCCCAAAAGACCUCGAUUCAAUUUACCAAACAUAUUUUAAACGCUUCGAAGACGAGCUUAAAGUCAUAAUACCUAGAAACUUUGAUGUAUUAAGAAUCUUGGAGAUGCUCGUUGCUUCAAUCGGAUUUCUUCCUCUGACUUUCUUCACUCAAGCUCUUGGUUUGGGUCCAGACUGUCGCGAAACGAAAAACAUCAUUAAGAAAGUCAAUGUGACGGUGUCGUGCUUAUUGUACGUUUCUGAUAAUGAUCUGAUAACCGUUUUCCACUAGUCUGUUAUUGAUUGGCUUCUAGUAAGGGGCUACCAGAAUCACGAGUAUGCUGUCCAGAUCAAUGGUGGAAAUAAAUCAAUUUGGCUUAUGUGCCAACAAGUUUUUGAAAAAAUGAAGGAACAGGUUUUCUCCGGACAUGACCUAGACUUAACGAGUGACAAAACGUGCGCUCUUUUGUGUGGUCUUCAACAUUUAGUGACAUGCGAUAUAAAGGAGAGUUUUUUUUGGUUGGUGGAUGUAGUAAUAAUACACCUCCUUUUAAUUAUUUUUAAUGAUCAAUCCGAGAUCGUUGGUCAUACGUUGUACCGUGUUGAUGCGGAUAUAGGCGUCUUCGUGUUGAUGCGGAUAUAGGCGACGAACUGCGAGCAAGAAUUUCAUGGCAUAUCGUUGAAAUUGAAUUUAUUAUGAAAAAAGAGUUUAGAUCACCGUCAACUAUAGCUGAUUACAAACUUUUACCUUACUUCUAUUUGCAAAGUAUUGUAACACAUUCCCCCAAAGGCUAUUUCAGUGAUAGCGAGAAGAAAAUUGCAGAGUCAAUUUUAUCGAAGAUGUGGUUUGUAGGUAUUAAUUCUAAUCAUGAAGUGGAGGUUAUGCCGCUCGCAGUCCGACGUCUCCCUUCAACGCCAGAGAUUAGAGCCGUUGGAGUGUUCUUCGAUAAAACAUUGGCAGCGGUGGCUCAGAAGAGUGGAAAAAUCAUUUUGGUACGUGUGCCAAGUUUAGUUGAGCUUUGGCAAUAUUCAACUGAAUACAGAAGUAUUUCAUGCUGUAUAUUUGCUCCAGAUGAUUCGUUUGUUCUAUUUGGAAAACUGGAAACUGUACUUAACAUUACUGAAAGAAAGGAAGUGCCAUUUUUCUACGGAAAUAAAGGGACGUUUGUGUUGUGUGCAUUUUCGCCGAACGGCAAGAGACUGGUAACUAGUAACGGUUCUAGAACAGUUAAGUUAUGGGACGUUGAUAAGCAAUGCUUGCUGUCGUUGCUCUGUGCUGAAAGCCGUGUUAAUUGGUGCUCUUUUAGCAGGACGGGGUUGUUUAUUAUUGGAGACAGGAUAUCUGACGUUGAAGACUUGGAAUCUGAUGAUGAAUUCGAAGGUUUUUUCACUGAAGACUGGGAAUCCCAUCAAGACGGUUGUACCUUUGGGAACUCAGAAUCUGACUCAGAAUCUGACUAA